UCCCGAAGUAACACCUCGUCCACCCCGCGUCAGUCCUUUUAAGGAAACCGUCUGGUACGCACGUCUCUUGUCAGCGUCCGUACGCGUACGCAUUACAGUCUUUACCGUACCGGCGCCUGCAGUGAACGUACUCGAUAUUUAGUCAAACACGCGGAACUUACAGUUUAAUAAUAAUAAUAACAAUAAUAUUAUUAUUUAUCCGUUGUUCCGUUGCGGUUUCCGUAAAAAAACUGAAUUUUUUUUUUUUUUUUUUUUUUCUGGUGUUAUUCGUUCUCGACGUAGAUUAUCGUUCGGCAGGUAAAAAUAUUUCUGUCGUAGAGUUUUUCAACCGACCGUUCGAAAACGCCGCCUUACAGAUCGCGGCGAUUUAUCGUACGGUGAAAAAGUGUUUACGAUCGAGUGUUCGACGAAAUUCGUUGGGAUUACGCGCACCGAACUGGAAUUGCCGGGUGCCGCCAAAAUGGUGAACCCGAGCACGGAGUCUAUUCUCAAUCAAAUGACCAAUUUGGCCAUGGACAUCGCCUUGGACUACGUGUUGCCGGCGUCGCCCAUGAGCGACGUAUGCAAAAGCGACUUGUUGGACAUGGAACGCGAAGUUGCCGCGGCUGUCAACAGCGUCAACGGCCUCCUGGGCUCCGGCCUGAGCUGUUGCGGCCGUCCACCAGCGGACUUGUGUAAGAAAAACAGUUACAUCGGCGCGGCCGGUUGCGACUCUUGUACGGCUUGCGUGGCCCGUCAGAUCGACAACAAGUCGGCCGGCAGCGCGUCCGGCAGUAGCACCGCGUCUAGCGGUACGGCCGAAACCACUAUGGACAUCAGUUGGUGCCAGUUCGACGGCUGCGAGUUUGACACGGCCGACAACAGUUAUCUGGACAUUUGCGAUUGGAUAUUUUACGCAGACCGCUACGCACUCACUGACGAGAAUCGCGAGAAAGUGCAAAAGGCAUUUCAGAUGGUGCCGCCCGGCGAAGUCACCGGCUACGUAGCACCACCGCUGACUCCCGCGUCGUCCCGGGGCUCGCCGUCGUCCACCGCUACGGCUUCGUCCAUAAAAUCUGAACCGGACGACGAUUACUUGUGGAGCAGCGACAACCACUUGCAGCCCAUCAUUUUAAAAGCUGAACCCGAUGCAGACAUUUUGCAAAUCACCGAACUAGACCACAGUUACCUCCAGACCGGCGCUACCCUGAUGCCACAGUCGUCGGCAGCCUCGUCGCCCGUCAAGCACCAUCACCACCACAACUUGGACAUGUUGGGCUUAGUGACACCACCUCCGUCUCGGUCGCAAUCGUCCGAGGAAGAAGAAAUUGACGUUGUCAACGACAGUUGGGACACGCCAGACACGCCCAGGAAAGGUGCCACCAUGGCGGACAUCAUGAAGCGCGGCAUCGUCAAGAAGCGCGAUCCCCCGGUGACCAAGUGGAAGAACACGGUGAAGAGGAAGCACAAGACGACGGCUGCCGCGGCGGCGGCGUCGUCGUCGUACCCCAUGCCUCCACCGCCGCCCAAAAAAGUUUGCGGUGGCUUGUCAUUACUGGACAGGUACAAGAAAGACACCAAUUGGAAGGACAACACUCCGGCGUCGUCUCCCGGACGCCUAGACGACCUGAUGAAAAACGAACCGUUGACCGACGAGGACGAGGACUACGACAUAGACGCCGAGUUCGAGAACCUUAUGAAAAACGAACCCGAAGACAUUUUCGACGACGAAUUCGACGACGACGACGAAAACGACGUGGACUGGGAGAAGAUAAUGAGGAACACCGGAGGAAGCGGCGGAAAAGCGAAACCGUCCAACGGUAACGGUUCGUCGUGCAGCUCGUCGUCGUCGAGCAACGCCGGAAGAAAGAAAAAGAAGAAGAAGAAAGGCGGCACGAAAGGCGGCGGCGGCAACAAACACCACCAGUCGUCGACGGCCGGCAAGAAGGUCAAGUACGAGGGUGGCGGCGGCCACAGCAGCAGCAGCGGAGGAAGUAGUGUGAACGGCGGCGGCGCCGGUUACAGCUACAAGACCAAGCUGAUGGACCCGGUCAAGCGGGCACUGCACAACGACCUGGAAAAGUCGAGGCGGGUGGAGACCAGCAUGUUGUUCAUGAACCUCAGCAUGCAGGUUUCGUUUCUGGACGACAACCGCAAGAUACCGUCUAAGCUGAGCAUAUUGCGAGGCGCCAAACGCGAAUGCGACCUGAUGAUGUUGGACGAGAGGCGGCUACUGUCCGAGAAACACGUGAUGCAACAAAAACAAAGAAUGCUCAGGGAGAGGCUGUUCGAACUGCGGAGAGAACAGUAUCACCGGCGGUACGGUAAGAGCCAACAGUAAAAAACCGAAAAAAUCACGUGUAAAGAACUAUUGCUCAUUAUUGAUUUUUAUACAUUACUUAUAUAUAAGUAUAUACAUUUUAAUAUAUAUAUAUAUAUAUAUAUAUAUAUUCGUAAAUAAUCGUGUUAUCAUAUGUAUAUUACAUGUGUAACCAGUUAACUUUCAACGAUUUUCUUUUGACAAUUUAAGUACCUAUUUUUUUUUUUUUUUUCUAUUAUAGAAAGUACAUAAAUUAUUUUUCUAUCUUUAAAAAAAACGAACGUCGUCAGUUUUAUUUUAUUACUCUUUACAUUUGUGUUCGACAAAAGAAGAAAUGAUUUUAUUUUUUUAGCGAUUUCCACGGAUUUUUGUUGAGCUGGAAAUUCCAAGGGAGAGCUUUUCUUAUUUACCGUCUCCCCUCGCGUCCUUUUCGUGUACAAA